CUUGUUGACGACUACACGAUAAAUUGUGUGGAUGUUUUUGCAAUGCCACAGUCAGGCACUGGUGUUAGCGUGGAAGCGGUGGACCCUGUCUUUCAAACAAAAAUGCUGGAGAUGCUCAAGCAAACUGGCAGGCCAGAGAUGGUUGUUGGUUGGUACCAUUCCCACCCGGGGUUUGGGUGUUGGAUGUCCGGGGUUGAUAUAAAUACGCAGCAGUCCUUCGAAGCACUUAAUCAACGGGCCGUUGCUGUCGUUAUCGAUCCGGUCCAAAGCGUCUAUGACCUUGUUAAAGGGAAGGUCGUCAUUGACUGUUUUCGUCUGAUCAAUCCACAGCUGAUGAUGCUAGGAAAAGUGGCACCAAGACAGACCACAUCGAAUGUUGGUCAUCUCAAGAAGCCGUCAAUCCAAGCCCUCAUUCAUGGUCUUAAUAGACACUACUACUCUAUGGUAAUUGACUAUAGAAAGAACAAGCUUGAGGAACAAAUGCUGACAAACCUCUACAAGAAAACGUGGGCAGCAGGCCUGACGACUUCCAACUUUGACACGCAUGCCAAUGUGAAUCAUGCAAUUAUUACUAGUAUGGCUAAACACUCAAAGAAUUAUACGCUUCGCAUCAGGGAGGAAGACGGAAAGACAGCAGAGGAAAUCCUCGUGGCUAAUGUUGGAAAAAUUGAUCCGAAGCGCCACCUUGAAUAUAAUGUGGACGAGAUAAUGGCAGCAAAUAUUCUUCAGGUUUUGGGGACCAUGCUGACCACAAUCGUAUUCUGAUGCCUGUAUAACAAUGCCCAAAUGACACUGCCCUCUUGCAAGCGGACCUCGGAAACCGCACUGUGAACCUAUGUGGCAUUGCGAUGAAGCAUAGUUUAGAGCCAUGCCUCUGCAGAGCCAAAAAGCCUAGUGCCGGAUGCGGAAUCCAACGGUCCUCAUCAGCUGAGUGAUGUGAUCAAUCUGCAAUGAUGUGGUCUUCAACAGUGAGGUGAUCAUCGUACAAUGUCGCGGGGGAUAUUGUGCGUGUAGUCGCCUGUAGCUGGUUACUAGUUCCAACUGGCCUAUUCUGGCCUUCGGCUGCAAAGAAUCAACCAAAAGCAUAAUUGCCGGCCCGUCCAAGGAGCAAAGAGCUCCAUCGGUUCUCCUGAGCCCUCGUGAACUUGAAGCCCCGCGGCCCACACACUGCCUCGUGGUGGCUGCAAACGGCCACACGGCACUUCAACAUAGUGCUGUGUCAGCUGUCUGGCUCCAUUCGACCCCCCGGGGGACCCUCUACUUAGCUAUCCGCCUGGC